GAGGAAAGGAAAAGAAUGGACAGCUACAAAACGCCGCGAUUGCGGAAAUUUUCCAGCGCCAUUGGCUCGGCAGCGUGAGUCCUUCGGUCGGGCGUGAUUUUCAGCACCGGGGUUCUGGACAGCACCUCGGGGAGGGUGGGGGGACUUCUGAGCAACCCGCAGCAGCCACAGCAAGAACUCCAACAGCCUCAACAACGCAAGCCGCCGAAAACCCUGCUUUGAAUCAGAGGCAAGGUCAGUCCGACGCACAGCCAUGCACAGGCUGUGCGCCUGUACUACGCUGCAAACCCUCUGCUUGUUUCUCUAACAUGCACUUGCUUCUAAUUACUAGCAUUGUUCCCUUCCUGAUUAGCGAGGACCACUAGGUGAGAAUUUGUAAGGGUGUAUUUUUAAUUUAUGUGUGUAUAUUUAACUUAUUUUGGUUAUUUUUAAAGGGUUGAGGGGAAGUGGGGUUAUUUUUUCUACUUUUUUUUUUUUUUGCUUGCCUUGCACUACGUGCCUGGAUAGUUUGUGGAUAUAAUUAUUGACUGGCGCCUGGGUUAUUGCAGUGCGGGGGGGUUAGGGAGGGAGGAAUCCACCCCCACCCCCCCAAACCCUUUUCUUCUCCUUCCCUGGGUUCGGACAUUGGAGCACUAAAUGAACUUGAAUUGUGUCUGUGGCGAGCAGGAUGGUCGCUGUUACUUUGUGAUGAGAUCGGGGAUGAAUUGCUCGCUUUAAAAAUGCUGCUUUGGAUUCUGUUGCUGGAGACGUCUCUUUGUUUUGCCGCUGGAAACGUUACAGGGGACGUUUGCAAAGAGAAGAUCUGUUCCUGCAAUGAGAUAGAAGGGGACCUACACGUAGACUGUGAAAAAAAGGGCUUUACAAGUCUGCAGCGUUUCACCGCCCCGACUUCCCAGUUUUACCAUCUAUUUCUGCAUGGCAAUUCCCUUACUCGACUUUUCCCUAAUGAGUUCGCUAACUUUUACAAUGCGGUUAGUUUGCACAUGGAAAACAAUGGCUUGCAUGAAAUCGUUCCAGGGGCUUUUCUGGGGCUGCAGUUGGUGAAAAGGCUGCACAUCAAUAACAACAAGAUCAAGUCUUUCCGAAAGCAGACUUUUCUGGGGCUGGACGAUCUGGAAUACCUCCAGGCCGAUUUUAAUUUAUUACGGGAUAUAGACCCGGGGGCCUUCCAGGACUUGAACAAGCUGGAGGUACUCAUUUUAAAUGACAAUCUCAUCAGCACCCUACCUGCCAACGUGUUCCAGUAUGUGCCCAUCACCCACCUCGACCUCCGGGGAAACAGGCUGAAAACGCUGCCCUAUGAGGAGGUCUUGGAGCAAAUUCCUGGCAUUGCCGAGAUCCUGCUAGAGGAUAACCCUUGGGACUGCACCUGUGAUCUCCUCUCCCUUAAAGAAUGGCUUGAAAACAUUCCCAAAAAUGCCCUGAUCGGCCGAGUGGUCUGCGAAGCCCCCACCAGACUGCAAGGGAAAGACCUAAAUGAAACCACCGAGCAGGACCUGUGUCCUUUGAAAAACAGAGUGGAUUCUAGUCUGCCGGCGCCCCCUGCCCAAGAAGAGUCCUUUGCUCCUGGCCCCCUGCCAACUCCUUUCAAGACAAAUGGGCAAGAAGAUCAUGCCACCCCAGGGUCUGCUCCAAAUGGAGGUACAAAGAUCCCAGGCAACUGGCAGAUCAAAAUCAGACCCACUGCAGCGAUAGCGACUGGCAGUGCCAGAAACAAACCCCCAGCCAACGGCUUGCCCUGCCCUGGGGGCUGCAGCUGCGACCACAUUCCAGGGUCGGGUUUAAAGAUGAACUGCAACAAUCGGAACGUGAGCAGCUUGGCUGAUUUGAAGCCCAAGCUCGCCAACGUGCAGGAGCUUUUCCUGAGAGAUAACAAGAUCCAUAGCAUCCGAAAAUCGCACUUUGUGGAUUACAGGAAUCUCAUUCUGUUGGAUCUGGGCAACAAUAAUAUCGCCACAGUAGAGAACAACACUUUUAAGAACCUUUUUGAUCUCAGGUGGCUGUAUAUGGAUAGCAACUACCUGGACACGCUGUCCCGGGAGAAAUUCGCCGGGCUGCAAAACCUCGAGUACCUGAACGUGGAGUACAAUGCGAUCCAGCUCAUUCUUCCUGGCACUUUCAAUGCCAUGCCCAAACUGAGGAUCCUCAUCCUCAACAACAACCUGCUGAGGUCCCUACCGGUGGACGUGUUCGCUGGGGUCUCACUCUCUAAACUCAGCCUGCACAACAAUUACUUCAUGUACCUCCCCGUGGCAGGGGUGCUGGACCAGUUAACCUCCAUCAUCCAGAUAGACCUGCACGGAAACCCUUGGGAGUGCUCUUGCACCAUUGUGCCUUUCAAGCAAUGGGCAGAACGCCUGGGUUCCGAAGUGCUGAUGAGCGACCUCAAGUGUGAGACGCCGGUGAACUUCUUUAGGAAAGAUUUCAUGCUCCUUUCCAAUGACGAGAUCUGCCCCCAGCUGUACGCGAGGAUUUCGCCCACGUUAACUUCGCACAGUAAAAACAGCACUGGGUUGGCGGAGACCGGGACGCACUCCAACUCCUAUCUAGACACCAGCAGGGUGUCCAUCUCCGUGCUGGUCCCGGGACUGCUGCUGGUGUUUGUCACCUCCGCCUUCACUGUGGUGGGCAUGCUCGUGUUUAUCCUGAGGAAUCGAAAGCGGUCUAAGAGAAGGGACGCCAACUCUUCGGCGUCCGAAAUUAAUUCCUUACAGACAGUCUGUGACUCUUCCUACUGGCACAAUGGGCCUUACAACGCCGAUGGGGCCCACAGAGUGUAUGACUGUGGCUCGCACUCGCUCUCAGACUAAGACCCC